AUGUCAAAUCGUCUUCAGUCUAUUAUUUCUAAUGAAAAUAUUGAAGAGUUAAUGUUAAGUGAAGAUGAUAUUCUAGAAGAUGAUUUUCAAAAUACAAUAGAAACUGACAGUGAAGAAGAUAUAUUGGAG